AUGGGAACCUGGCUACCAUUAUUGUUUAAAUCAGUCUCCCGGAACACAGAAAAAUACAUGUUUUCUAUACAUUUUUUUACCAUUUACAUGGAUGCAGAAAUUUGACAUUACCUUCUGUUUAACAAAUUAAAAAAUAUCAUAUGUCUUGUGAUUCUCGCUUAGAGCUUCAUGUGAACAUUUGACAAUUAGGUCUCUCUAAAACACAGACCAUCUGAAUUUAGGAAUCUGUGUACCAACAUACACUAUUUAUACAGAUAUCAUUGCAACGACUCAUCCCCAGUCGGAGGAGGCCAGAAUUUACAAUAGGUUUUCUUUGUUUUUGUUUUCUCUUUCUUUAAUAACAUUUUAACCACAUUUUGUAGAAUACAGUAAACAUCCCUUAACUCCUUCAGCACUUACUCUUCCUGUCAGUAUACUAAAAUGUGCUAUUAAAGAGAAUACAGUUGUAAAACACUUGAAAUAUAAAGCUGCAACUUAUGUGACACUGUAAUUUGCACACGCAUACGUCAACAUUGCAUUUGAUUUUCAACAUAAACAUAUUAAGAUAUUUUGACUCAAUAGUGAAGAAACUGGAAGUUAAUAUGCAUUUUGUGAAGAAUUAUGAGACAAUAUAUUUUUAUAAAACAGCUGAAUUAACUUGUCAACCUGAAGUCAAUCAAAGACAAAAACACAAAUAAGCCAUGUUUCAGUUUACAUCUCAGUCAAGAAACUCAAACUCUUAAGUAAAUAUUAUGUUCACGUCAAAUUUACAAUCUUAAAACUAUACCAAUGGUCUCUUAGCAGGCCCAUUCAGCGGAUUAUUUAUGAAAACGUAAUAGAUUUUAGACUCUAUUGUCAAAACUCUUGACUUUUUCUGCCAUCAGUUGUCCGUAAUGUAUCUAUAGCUUCCAAAGAACUGCAUUCCGCAGCAGUGGAUGUCUGCUAAUACUUCCGGGAAGGCAAUUAACACUUUCUUUAGGCUUUUAUUUAGCGCCACCCUCGAUGUUUGCAUCUCUCUUACAGACAAGGCAAGGCGUCUCCAAGUAUGAUCGUUGAUAUCGAUAAAACAGAGCAUUCUCAUUACAAAUAAUAACGAUACAUGCCUAGCAAAGUUAUGUCUGCCUUAGCUACUGGCAGUGGCUUGGCACUCAAAUAAGCUAACUUGUCUUACGCUUUAUGUCUGUCUGGGGCAUCAUGUGACCACCUAUUGCAUAUAUUUAGGGUGGUUGAUGAACAUUCUGCUUAAUUUGUUACUUGUGUCUUUAUUUCUGUACAUGUAAUACGUAAAAACAAAAAACAGACUGUAAUACCCCACCCAAUAUGUUCACCCCCACUUCUGCUACUUACAAUGUACCAUACCUAAAGCCACAUCUGAAGUGGUAUUGCAUUUAGGCUGUAAACAUUUUUCGUUCACAUGGUGUUUCCCCGUUCUUUGAUAUGCACAAUGUGUUCUGUCCACUCUUUAUGCCUUGUUUUAUAACAUCCUUCCCUUGCACAUGGUUAAAGACUUACCAUAUCGCCCGCACUCACAUACACCCGUCCCCACCCCAUAUGACAUCCUCUUCCUCUAGGAUUCACACAACAGUACAAAAUAGGAAGAACUGGGGCCAGAACUGCACCGAAUAGUCUGCAGUCUUAAACACACUACUACACACAGGUGAGCGGUGCUGCUGCUGGUGCCCCAUCCAGUAUUCUGCUACGGUGACAGUGCGGGUGAACAACGUUUUGCACUUAAAAUAACUCAGCGGUUUCCAUUGGCAGAGAUCUUUAUGGUUUUGUUGCUCAGAUGUGAGGCGGUCACUUUAAAACUCAACUUUCAUUCUUCUGCAUUCCAAACUGGCUGACAUCACACUCGCUCGAGGUCUUUACCGGUGAGGUGCAGGUAGGGCCGCGCUCGAGUGUUGUUUGGUGGCUGUGCGCGUGCGUCCAGAAGGAGUUCUUGUCGUCCUUGUGUUUCCGCUUGUUGGGUACCAGCGGGUAACCUCGUUUCGGGACCUCGAGCUGGACUGCGCGUGUGGAUUACCGUGUAAGUGACUAGUCUUAUCAGCACGCGGCCAUGGGAAAGCUGCAGCAGUUUGAUAUUUCCCUGACUGACAACAAGGUGGUGUAUGGACCUGGGGAGUAUAUUUCUGGUACGGUGACAGUGCGGGUGAACAACGUUUUGCCAUAUAAAGCAAUAAAGGUGAGUGCCACCGGGUCCUGUGGACUGUCUACCAAGGCAAAUGACACAACGUGGGCAGUGGAGGAACAAUAUUUUAACAGCACUUUAUCAUUAGCUGACAAAGGGUCCUUGUCUAUUGGAGAGCAUACAUUUCCCUUCCAGUUCCUUCUACCAGCAAUGGCACCCACCUCCUUUGAAGGCCCUUUUGGGAAGAUCCAUCAUCGAAUCCGAGCUGUAAUUGAUACGCCAAGGUUUGCAAAGGAUUAUAAAUGCGAGAAAAUAUUUUACAUCCUCAACCUUCUAAACCUGAAUGAAGUGCCUGAUGUUGAGUUGAGGAAUACUGUGUCUAAAACAAAGAAAUUCAGUUAUAUGAUUGUGAAGAGCGGAACGUUGUCCUUGACUGUGACCUGUGACCUGAAAGGCUAUAUUCCUGGGCAAGUUAUACAGCUCCAUACAGAAAUCCACAACAAAUCAGGGAAGGACACAGGCACUAUUAUUGCUGCACUAAUCCAGAAAGUGACUUACAAAUCCAAGAGAAUGAUCUAUGACCUUCGGACAAUAGCAGAAGUUGAAGGUUCCCCUGUAAAAGCCUGGAAACAUGCAGAAUGGAGAGAACAGAUCAUUGUUCCAGCACUCCCUCAGUCCAUGUUGGAAGGCUGCAGUCUGAUACACAUUGAUUACUAUAUUCAGGUAUCACUGAAGACUCCAGAGGUCUCUAUUGCUUUGCCCAUCUACAUUGGGAAUAUUGCCAUUAAUAUGUUGCCUGUGACUCCACAUAGCCCACCACCAGAUGCUUCAGCAGAGGUAGUUCCCAGUGCCCCACCAGCAGAGGAAGGUGAUGAUGCCAGUGCAAGUGGUUCGCAUCCUUUAGAAGACGUUCAAAUUCCAACAAAGAGUCACUCUCAGCAGCAACCUUUCAGUUAUGCUCCAGGGUUAAAUUUUCCAGCUUCUAGACGAGACGCUGAGCCAGUAGGUUCACCUAGUCACCCUGUGCUGUGUGUUUCUACUGGUGCUACUAUACCCUAUUUUUCAGAUGGAACUGUUACUCCCGUUCACACUACAGGGCAACUUAUUUUGCCUCCAGAAUACAGUACAUUGCGACAUCCAUCUGAACCACCACCAUCAUAUGAAGAAAGCUGCAGCACUGCUGCUGGAAACCAAGAAAAUUAGCUCUGUACGUCAAGCAAGUAGGCAUACGUUGGCUGCAACACACAGACGAGCACCUUCUUUCACAUUGUUUUAGACCAAGAGUAGGACAGCAGAGUCCAGCACCCCUUCAGAAAUGACUGCCUCUAAAUUUUGCCUGAGAUUUUCAAAAUCAUAUAUGCAAUGUUUUGUACUGUGUUUCUAGAUGCAUUAGAGGGGGGGGGGGUAUUAGAAUUGCAUCCUGUUGCACAUUUUUGUUAAAAACAGUCCUGGUUCGAUAAAUUUUUUACAGAUC